AUGUCUACUUGGCAUCAGAGAAUCCUUUCAGAGGAAAAACAAUAUAAAUGCUUGGAAUGUGGAAAGCGCUUCCGCCUGCGAGCACACUUCACUGCGCACCAGAGAAUCCACUCCAAAGAGAAACCAUAUAAAUGCUUGGAGUGUGGAAAGAACUUCACUCACAAACAAGGACUCACUUCCCAUCAGAAAAUCCACACAAAGGAGAAGCCAUAUUUCUGCUUGCAGUGUGGGAAAACCUUCCGUUGGAGCACAGCCCUCACUUCCCAUCAGAGAAUCCACACAAAGGAGAAGCCAUAUGUGUGCUUGAAAUGUGGAAAACUCUUCCGUUGGAGCACGGCCCUCACUUCCCAUCAGAGAAUCCACACAAAGGAGAAGCCGUAUGUGUGUUUGAAGUGUGGGAAAACCUUCCGUUUGAGGUUAUCCCUCACUUCACACCUGAGAAUACACUCAGGGGAGAAACCGUACCAGUGCACGGUAUGUGGGAAAUGCUUUAGUCAGAGUUCCCACCUUAGUUCCCACCGAAGAAUCCAUUCUGGAGAGAAACCCUAUCAAUGCCAGGAGUGUGGAAAAGGCUUCAGUCAGAGUUCACACCUGAAAGUACACCUAAGAAUCCACACGGGAGAGAAGCCAUAUAAAUGCUUGGAAUGUGGAAACAGUUUCACUUGCAGCCAGAACCUUACAUCACAUGAAAAAAUCCACACGGGGGUGCAGCCAUAUAAAUGCCUGGAUUGUGGGAAAAGCUUCAGUCAGAGCUCAAGCCUUAAGGUACAUCAAAGAGUUCACACAGGGGAGAAGCCGUAUAAAUGCAUGGAAUGUGGGAGAAGCUUCAGUCGGAGCUCAACCCUUACUUUACAUCAAAGAGUCCACACAGGGGAGAAGCCGUAUAAAUGUAUGGAAUGUGGGAGAAGCUUCAGUCGGAGCUUAACUCUUACUAUGCAUCAAAGAGUCCACACAGGAGAGAAGCCAUUUAAAUGCAUGGAAUGUGGGAAAAGUUUCAAUCAGCCCUCAAGCCUUAGGGUACAUCAAAGAAUCCACACAGGGGAGAAGCCGUAUAAAUGUAUGAAAUGUGGGAGAAGCUUCAGUAGGAGCUCACACCUGACUAUGCAUAAAAGAGUCCACACAAGAGAGAAGCCAUUUAAAUGCAUAGAACAUGGAAAGAGUUUUGGCAGUGACACAUAA